UCAGGCUUUCUCAGUUGACCUCUGGCGAUGGCGCUGGCUAGAACAAGAUACGAGCGUGCUCGAUGGGGUGGUCGUCGGGACACUGCGGAGAAGUCAGUUCACAGCAUGAGCAGCAGCAGCCUGCAAGCGUUUUAUCUCAACACUUUGCAACUAGAGGCGGAUGCAAUCGAGUUUGCAGCUGGGGGGUAUGGAAGCAUCUUCAAAGGGACAGUGGCAACUGGUUUUCAGAUCCCGGAGAGACUGGAAAGAGGCCGGUAUUUGCCUUACUACGGCCAGAAGACGGAUGAAGCCCCGGAUUUCUCCAAGCUGUCCGAGAGAGUUCUUGUUGCUGUCAAGAAGAUCCGGGAGCCGGAGAACGACGACGAGGUUUUGGAGAUGACCAGGGAAGGAAUCAACAUGAGAGUUGUCCAAGGGGCAAGAAAUGUGGUGACUGUCUACGGGGUUGCUUACAGCAAGGAGCUGGAAUGCGUCUGUCUCGUCAUGGAGCUUGUUCAAGGCUCGCAGCUGGAUGCGUUUCUCAAGGCACACCAUCCUCCGGUUCCAGACGCAGCUUGGUGGAAAACGAAGCUAGAGCUGUUCAUGGAGCUCGUUAUUGGGCUAUCGGUUUGCCAUCAGAAUGGUGUCUACCACGGAGACUUGAAAGGCAGCAAUGUGCUCGUGGUGGACGAGUCUCGGGUUCCAAAGUUGAUAGACUUCGGCUUCAGUUUCCGGAAACGAGACAUAGCUUACCUGAAGGAGACGAUAGGUGGUUCACCGUUUUGGGUCAGUCCCGAGCUUUGCGAUCAAGACGAGCAGGAGAUGCUGCAGGAAGUGAUGCGGAAUCCUUAUCCCUCCGACUUUUACUCUCUCGGCAUGGUCUUGGUUGAGAUGUUUCUCGACGGGGAGGUACCGGAAGAGCUUUCAUCGGGCUUCAUCGAAGAGAAAAUUUGUGGAGGAUUUCCCGUGACUCUGGAAGUGCCACCCGGUAUGGAAGCUUUUGAGCCAGUUUUUACGAAGCUUUUCCAAGUGGUAGAAGGCUGCUGCAUGUCAGAUCGCGACGAGAGGAUCUCGUUGCAGCAGUGUCUCGCCGAGGUCCAAGCGGCCUACGAUGAGCUUUGCAACGUCGGCUGCAGCUUUAACGAGGAUUUUCUUCGGGAUCCUUCCGAGCUUGCAUCUACAGAGGCGUACACAGCAGUGCUUCCGGCUUUCAAAGCAAAGUUUCCUGGAGUUCCGGAUGCCGUUUUCCUUCAACCAGCGGAUAACAUGGUGGUGGACACGAAGGCAAACACGCUGGUGGAUUUGUUCUGCGACAUGGAUUACGGGGAAGGCGUAGAAAACAUCGUCAGGCGGAGGUGGUCUAUUGGUAAGAUCAAGCUGGACGAAGAGGUUCCUCGUUUAUGUCGUCGCUGCGUGCAAGCCGGGAGUCCUAAAGCACUGAAGGUUCUGUCCUCUCGGUGGAGGGAGAUCGCUAAACAAGACGAAUGGCUACUUCACGAGGCUUGCGAGGCGGACAGUGCCGAAGUGCUACGAGUUCUUCUUCACGACUUCAAGAUGGACUAUAAUACUUGGCACCGGAGGUGGCCGCUGAAACCGCUGCACAAGCUUUCGUACCAAGGCAAAACAGAGAUGAUGAGGAUCGUGCUAGACAGUGCUAAACUUAGCAGGAGAAGGGACUACGUGAACGACGAAAUCGCGGGACGGACUCCACUAUACUACGCAGUCGCUGGUGACAAGAUAGACGCGGUGUUUUUCUUGCUGGAACAAGGAGCGAACUCGUUGGGCCAGGAGGACGAACUCACGAGCUCUGAUUUUUUGGACAACCUGCUAGGGGCGGCUGCAGAGAGCGUGAGCUUAAAUGUGAUCGCAGUUCUUUCCGAGGUAAGCAGCUCGUUGAGGACUACAGGCACUGCGGUUGGGCUUGAAGGAAAGGCCGCUCAGCUUUUCCGAAACCACUAUAGCAGCCGUCUUGCGUAUCUCAAGAUUGAAGGUGAUCGCCUGCUCGAACUGAAGAAGCACUUGGCAGAAUCAAGUCGACGUGGAUUGGAUCCCUUCAGCUUCGGGUGUUCCAGAGAGGGAAAUGCGGAAGUUUUUGAGACGAUCGUGUCGAUCAAAGAAACUCCCAGGGACUUGUGGAGGAACUUGAUUGGGUACGGAAGCAGGGAAAUGGUGGCCUAUGCGUUGGAUAAGCUGGGAUACUUGGCUACAUUGGACUUGAUCCAUCUUGCUUCAAAGCAGGGAAACUUGGAAGUCAUGGACUUUCUGACAGUGCUCAUGGACAGACGUAAACGGGUUGGCGAAGCAGAGAAAACUCUCAAGGAGAUGCUUGGCGGUUUUCGUGAAACUGAGGAACAAGUUCUAGAGAACAAACAACAGCUACAGGAAGAUGACUUGCAGCUCGGUCAGGGGAAAGAAGAGCAAACAAAGUUUGAUGGAAUUCCCAGCAGCGAAGAAAAAGUUGCCAAGGACGAUUUACAGGUACCAGAAGAUGAGAAAUCCCGCUUACAAGUGAUGGAAGAGCUCGAGGAAGAUGAAGUAGAGUCCAGCAGCGAGCUUGUUACUGACGGUGGGGAACUUCCAGAGUUGAAGUUCCGGAGGAUGUUCGACUACGAAUACUGGGACGUGCUCAACGAGUGGACCACGGGCAGGAACAUGAACACGGAAUGGAUACUGGGCAAGUUCCAUAGGAUUUCUCCAGACUCUUGGAUGGAAACAUCUCAAAAGCUGCUAUCGAUCGCGGCACAGCUUGGAGACGAAACGAUGGUGGAGAUGUUAUUGGGAAAGAAAGUAUCACCGGAUUUCGAAGAAGAGGAUGGAGUGUCACCUUUGUACCAGGCAGUUCUGUGGGAGCAUGAAGAGAUAGCUCAGAUGCUGCUGAGAGCUGGCGCAAAAGCGAACGACUCUUGUAUGGACGCCGCGUUGGACGUAGGAAACGGGAGCUUGGCUAGACUGCUCAUCAAGUUCGGCUUCGAUACAGGCAGGAAGAAUGGAAGCAACCAGACUUACAUGGACUUGAUCAAAGUCAUGGACGCCAAGAAGGAGGAGUUUCGGGAGAGGUAUGAAAUGCCGUUUUUCGCAGCGACGUAUGGUGAAUUUCCAUGACGAAGGCCUGAUACUAUCAUAGCCGAAGUCUUUUCAAAAUGCCUCGCUAGAGCAUCUGGCAGGAUCGCUCUCAUUCGGGAGCGAGCUUCCUGGAUUUCUGCAAGCUCGCGUGGAAUGGAUUAAUUUCUCGCGAUCAACAUGACCUUUUUACUGCCGAGAGAGUGUUCAAAGAUUCUCGAGCAAAGCUCGAUGCACUUCUGGCGACGCACAAAAGAUCAGCAUGACCUUUGAAUUGUCGAGAGAUUAUUCAAAGACUCUCGAGGUGAGCGCAAAGCCCGAUGCACUUCUAGCGACGUACAUAAGAUGAACAGGAUCUUUGAUUGCCGAGAGUGUUCAAAGACUCUCGAGGCGAUCGCAAAGCUCGAUGAACUUCUCGCGUCUGUAUUGCCUAGAGUCUGUGCAAAGACUCUGGAGGCGAUCACGCCGAGAAGACACGCCACCCCGUACAGAUAUCGUACGUGGAAUAUACCCAACUUACCGUUGGGCUAUAGUGUUCUUCGCGGGUGG